AUGGCCGCCAACUAUUGGGCUUCAUCCCAACGUCGACACUGGCUCUUUUCCAGGGACAGAUUAGCAGAUAUUCGAGAUGGAUUACGGGACAAGGAUAAAGUUGCUCAUUCGCAAUUCCCGUUACCGGAUCAACGACUAUUGAACAUCUAUUUCAACCAACAACUCAUCAAGCUUGGAAAGCGCAUGUCCACUCGACAGCAAGCCAUUGCUACAGCCCAGGUGUAUCUGAAGAGAUUCUACACCAAGAACGAGAUUCGACAGACGAAUCCAUACCUCGUACUUACCACGGCAUUCUAUCUAGCUUGCAAGAUGGAAGAAUGUCCACAGCAUAUCCGUUUUGUGGUCAAUGAAGCUCGUGGACUAUGGCCAGAGUUUAUUACCCCAGAUGUGGCAAAGCUAGGAGAAUGCGAAUUUGCCCUGAUCUCUGAAAUGAGCUCACAGCUCAUUGUGCAUCAUCCUUAUCGCACCUUAUCUGAACUCCAAACCGAACUGUCACUCACCUCUGACGAAGUCACUCUAGCCUGGUCGGUGAUCAACGAUCACUAUUUGACGGACCUUCCGCUGCUACAUCCCCCUCAUGUCAUUUCAAUCAUGGCAAUAAUUGUGGCUGUUGUGUUCAAGCCCUCACAUCCAGCCUCAUUUCCAGGCUCCGGGCAAUCGGCCUUAGCAGCUUCCAUGAGAGACGGAGGCGGUAUGCAGAUGCUAUCCGCUUUGUCUGAUAAGACUGGAUCUGGGCCCCCUCCUAAAAUUGCAAAGCUUGUCGGUUGGCUCGCGGAGGGUGAUGUUGAUAUCAGAGCUGUCAUCGAAUGUACGCAAGAGCUGGUCUCAUUGUACGAGGUGUGGGAGCAAUAUAGCGAGAAGACCUGCAAGGAACUGAUUGGGAGGAUGGUUAAGAGCAAGAAUCUGGAUAAAUGA